GACACCAAGGACUGCGCCAGCGGCCCGCGGCCGGGCACGCCGGCUGUGGGCGGGACGCCUUGGGAGCGGCAGCCGUCCGCCUCCACGGCGGCGCCGUCAUCCGCGGACUUCGUGGAGGCGUCGGCCUACCAGGUGGCCUUCGACGACCCCCUGGCGUCCCCCAGACUCUUCGACGACCCGCUGGCGUCCGACGACCCGUCCACCGAGGCGGACCUGGCCGACACAGCUUCGCGCCAGGCGACUACGACAACGGGUUCAGGGUGCAAUUGCUCCCAGACGUCUUCUGCCGCACUGGCGAGCAGGGGCGGCGGACUGGUCGAGGGCGCCGAGUAG